AUGGAUGUGCCAAUUCUAUUUUCAAUAUUAGUGACAAUGCACGUGUGUGGUGUAUUGUCAUUGUCACCGAUGAUGAAUGACAUGAAUGCAGAUAUUAUGAACGAUAUUAUGAAUCUCCGUAGGAAGAUCAAAAACCAUCAGCGAACAUUAUCUAGUAAGGUAAAAGGCAAAGAAAACAGUGUCAAACUGCCCGCGGCAGAGAUUGCAAUGCGAGAAUUUUUCCUGCCAUCUGAGGGAGAGAAACCGAAAACAGAUAAGAAUAAAUCUCCAAUAUCAAUCAAGGAUGGAUCUAAAAAAGAUGUCAGUAUACUUGAAUCCCAAUCAACCGGAAGUGUACUGCCUGGAAGGACGAAGUCGACAGAGAAAUCGAAGAAGUCGAAAAAAUCUACAAAAAUAGAUUCGCAAAAAGUGUCAGAAACAAACGCAAAAGCUGCAGGGACCAUUCCCAAUGAAGCAAAUUCAAAAUUAUCACAAAGUUCGUCCAAAAAGGAUUCCACGAAGACAGCCACAGAAAUCAAGUCUAAAACUCCAUCAACACAAAAACAAGGAGCUGAUUUAACAGUUAGUGCAACAAAAGCGCCGGUUGUCAAGGCAACCACUACAUCGGAUUCUAAGUCAACAAGACGAUCCCGUAGGAGAUCAUCAAGAAGAAGGAAGUCUAGAAAAUCAAGAAAAAGUACUACAACGCCUUCACCCAGUACUACAGCAGCAAAUCCGACUACAGAUUUACCGAAAGUAGUUAACAAUCAAAAGACACCGACACCGUCUGUAGCUCUGGCACCAACUCCAGGAAACCCAAUGCAGACUACCAUGUCCCACAUACUGAGAGAGGGACCAGUGAUGCUGGCUUCUAUGUUAGCCAGGCUAUACCCGCGGUUAAUGGGGCUGUUCGGUGGGGUUCGAAAUCAAGCGCCUAAUAUGGACCCCGUGAUGAUGAACGGUGGCCACAUGUUUAAUAAUCCCACACUCCAAGGAGAAAUAUUUCGUCAAAGUCAGAGAACGCAACAGUCAAACCCUAUUCAACAACAAUCACCACAAACUUCACAUGUUACAAAUGCACCAGCUCAGCUUAAUCAUAUGCAGCUUUAUAUGCAGGAUGAAUUGUGCUCCGAGACGCCGUCAAGGUUUGUUACAACGUGCAGCACCAACAUGGAUUGUAAAUAUAAGCUGAAGUGUUAUUCUGGAUACUGCUGUGCAAAUAGUCAUCGGCAUGCUGAAAUGCUCGACAAUAUGCCUGAGUAUAUUGGGAUGCCACAUCCAUGGAGGAGCUUUUUUCGAUGA